GGAGCUCAAAUCAGUGGAGCUCCAGAGCUCAGCGCAAUGACGGCAUUGCACUCGAUCGAAAAACAUUCAGUUCUGUCAACGAUUCAAACAUGUCGACUAUAUGUCUAUACGUAGCACAACUACAACUCCGCAGCUUCAGACGGGGUCUCUCGUCACUAGCUUCCAAUCACAGCAUUAAAGUCUUCCCGCACCCGCAAAUACCAAACCGCUAUCUCCUCUCCUACCUCGACACAAAUCCCCCGAAGCCCGCCCUCGCAAUCGGCACUACAACUACCGUCCCCCCAACCCCAAACUCGUUCCAGGGCAACCCCCGGUUUCUCUCCAUCCUCAACGACGUCCUUGCGAAACAUGCGGCAGACGACCCAGACCUGAAGAGCCAGGCGCGAGCGUUUGCGUCCCCAGGAGGCUUCAGUUUUAUACAAGCACGCAAUCAGCGAGGCACAGGUACUGGUGCCGGGGGCGCCAGUGCCGAGGGCGGUGCUGGCGGCGCAGGCGUGGGCGGCUGGGUCCAUCUCAGCGAUACAAGGAACCCGCCUGAUUUCGGACGGAUUGCUUGGCCGGAAGAUAUCCUUGGCAGCGUCGAAGUUGACGGCAAGGGAGACAUUAUUGGCAAUUAUCAAGCCAGUGGCACUUACCGCAUUGUCACCAAUCAGGGAAUUCUCGGUUUGAGUCCGUUUUUGCAAGAAAAACUGAUAGCUCGACUGAGAGAAGAAGAGAAAAGGGCUUAAGAAGACCAGGGUUUCAGGUUAAGGUCGAAUUCGUACCUCCAUCCUGUCAGCCGGUGCAGUGUACGAUAUGGCUAGAAGAGGUAUGUAAACCCAUUUGCAGACGGAACUAUGGCGCCAAAUAUUGUAAAUAUGUUUGUCUGUCGGAAGCGGAUGGGUUUUCGAGAAGUUGAGCACCCCACAGGCGCCGGAAAUGAUAUAUAAGAGGUGUAAGUGUGACAAAUAUUCUCAUCUAAUUGUCCACUAGCAAAAUCCGAGCACUCUCUAGAUGUUACGUAUUGUCACAGCAAGAUUACUUUCCUCAUGGCUGCAGCUCAAGCACUUGCAAGAACAGAAUUAGGUGCAAACGUUAGCAUAAUAUACAC